UUAUUUUAAAUAUUUAUUUGUUUACUAUACACAUAUAAACAGUUCAUUUGUGUUUUUAUAAUUGUUAUAUAAACUUAACCUAUAACUUUCACGAUAUUUCCACGAGUUUUUCUAUAUAUUUAUUAAAUAUUCAUUAAAUGUCCGAUAGAUUUUAUUGAUUCCAAAAAAGUGUGUUAAAUAUAAUAUAAAAAUGCCAAGAAUGAAGACUUUGAAAAGACCAGUUUCUAAUAAAAGCCUACCGAAAGAAUCAACACCAGCAAAAAGACGACGAGCAUUAUCCAAAACUGAAAAUAACGAUGUGAAUCACAAAACGGAAAGUGAAACGUCUGAAGUGACUUUAUUACCCAUUCCUAGCGUCCAAUCUGGUGUGAUACUUUCUUUUGGUUCUGGGGAUGUUGGACAGCUAGGAUUGGGUGAAGAUGUUAUGGAAAAAUUACGACCGGCUCUUAUUCCAAACGUAGAAGAUGUAAUACAAAUCGAAGCCGGUGGAAUGCAUACUGUUUGCUUGAAAAACAAUGGCGAGGUUUUAUCUUGGGGAUGUAAUGAUGAAGGUGCACUUGGUAGGCAAGGACCUGAAGCAGAGCCAGGUAAAGUUAAUUUACCCGAACAAGCGGUAAUGAUUUCAGCAGGCGAUUCCCAUUCAGCCGCUUUGUUACAAGACGGCCGAGUAUUUGCUUGGGGUAGUUUUCGAGAUGCUAGUGGAAAUAUGGGUCUAGUAAAGGUGGGAACAAUCGAAAAAACCCCUAUCGAAGUUUUACCGGAUAUCUUUUCAAUGAAAAUUGCAUCUGGAGCAGAUCACUUGGUAAUUUUAACAAAAAAAGGUCAGAUAUAUACCUUAGGUUGUGGUCAACAAGGGCAAUUAGGCCGAUUAGCAAAUCGAGAAACGAGUCGUGAAAGGCGCCAAGGAAUAGCUUCAUCUCUUCAUCCAGGUGUUGUACAAUUUAAACAUAAAGAAGUGUUUACGGACAUUUGGGCAGGCACAUAUGGUACAUUUGUAAAAAAUAAGGACAAAGAAGUUUGGGUAUUUGGAUUAAAUAAUUAUCAUCAAAUAGGUUUACCAAUCCUUGAACCAUACUUCCGCCCCAUGAAAAGUACAGUAUUUGGUAAUGAAGAAUGGAUAAAAAUUUGCAGUGGUUUACAUCAUACAUUAGCAUUGAAUUCCGAUGGUAAAAUAUUUGCAUUAGGUAGAAAAGAAUAUGGUCGUUUAGGUUUAGGUGAAAAUUGUGAAGAUGCUAAAGAAUUAACACCCAUUCCAAAGCUAGAAUCCAAGAAAGUAGUUGAUAUUGCUUGUGGUUCAACAACAUCUUUUGCUGUUUUGGAUAACGGUGAAGUUUAUUCGUGGGGAAUGGGUACUGGAGGCGCAUUAGGAACGGGCGACGAAGAGGAUGUUUAUGAACCACAAUUAAUAAAGGGAAAACAAUUGUUGAAUCGUUUAGUUUAUAAAGUAACAAGUGGCGGUCAACAUACGGUUAUUUUAGCAAGUACAACACAAAAUAAUAAUAUAGAACCCGGAAAUUAAACAGAUUAGUGUUUAAAUAGUUUUUCUUUUUCGAAAUUAAUCUUAAGGAAUACACAAACAAUUUUCUAUUUUUUUUUAAGUAAAAAUAAUUGAUAUUGUGUACAAAACAUCUUAUACACCAAAAGAUUCAAUUUAGUGUCUUAUAACGUUACAAAAAAUAUAAUUUAUAAAAAUGUGUUGUCUAA